CCGGGUGCGAGAGCUCUGGAGACGGGUCGGCGUCGCCUGGCCUCAGGGUUGGCCAGGGCCGAGGGAUCGUUCAUCCCAGCCGUCCCUAGGCCGACGGGAUGGACUCGGUAUUAACUGAUCUGGAAGACAGUCCCAAGUCAAGGUGACCAAAGCCACAUCAUAAUGUCAAUAGCCCGUUCAUCUGUCCAUGCCAAAUGGAUCGUGGGGAAGGUGAUUGGGACAGCAAUGCAAAAAACUGCUAAAGUGAGAGUGACCAGGCUUGUUCUGGAUCCCUAUUUAUUAAAGUAUUUUAAUAAGCGAAAAACCUAUUUUGCUCACGAUGCUCUUCAGCAGUGCACAGUUGGGGACAUCGUGCUUCUCAAAGCUUUACCUGUCCCACGAACGAAGCAUGUGAAACAUGAACUGGCUGAGAUCAUUUUCAAAGUUGGACAAGUCAUAGAUCCAGUGACUGGAAAACCCUGUGCAGGAACCGCCUACCUGGAGAGUCCAGUCAGUUUGGAAACCACCCACCUCACCAAAAAUCUGGAAUAACUCGUUAUCUCUUCAACACAGUGAAGGAGGGUCGGAAGAAGGAGCCAAAGGGAAAGAUUUAUAGCUUUGCUUUGUGGAAAAAGAAAUUUUUCUAAGUUUUAUCACGGACUGUCUAGUUUCUCUUCUGGUAUUUAUGAAAUAGCUAAAAGUAAAUGAAUAAAGGGGCUGUUAUAAUUUUUCAUGAA